GUUCCAACACUAAUUAACCUUGUAACACUAAUAAUAGGAGAAGAUAAAAAGACAUGCACAACUACUUCAGAUAUUCCCAACACGUGUACAUGACAUGCAACAAACUGUUUCUUGGUUUCCUGUUAAACAUAAAAACCUAAAACAAACAACCAGCUCGGUUACCCGCGGCUACACGCCCAUAUUUGAAACCAAAAAUAGAUUCUCAGAUUAACACAGCCCAUCAUAACAAAGAUUAUUUAAUGAUCUUUGAUUUGUGUGGAAUUGGGAAAUUUUUCUGAAUAGAAUAAUUGGGUUGGGUUUGUCUGAGAAGAAUUAAUAAUAAUGAAGUUUGGAGAAACAUUCAUGGAGUAUUUACAGGGUGAAGAAGGUUCAGACAAAUAUUGUCCACAUGUUGAAUACAAAAGGUUGAAAAAGGUUCUUAAGAGUUGCAGGGCUUGUAGAUCAGCUUUGAAGGAAUCCAGUUCUAAUGGAGAUGAAGAUGAUCAUCAUCAAUCUAAUUUAUGCCAAUUUCAGCCUUGCCAAUCGUGUGAUCAGAAGUUCUUCUCUGAAUUGAAGAAGGAGGCUUCUGAUAUAGCUGGUUGCUUCAGUUCUAGAGUGAGAAGACUUCUCCAACUUCAUACUGCUCCAGGAAUGCAAAAAUACCUGGUAACGUUGCGUCACUGUUUCAAGAAUGAUCAGCAGGCCAUGAGGGAAGAGUGCCAAAUACUAAUUGAAUAUGCCUUGAUGAAUGCUAUUGCUAUGCAAAAGAUUCUUAAGAAAUAUGAUAAAGUUCACUGCUCUGUGAAUGGAAGGAACUUUAAGUCAAAGAUGCGUGCUGAGCACCUUGAGAUUCUACAAUCACCAUGGUUGAUAGAACUAGGGGCUUUGUAUUUGAAUUUCAAUGAAUCGAAUGGCGGGAAAUCUAAUGAGAUUUUCAACCAUUUUUCUUGCAAUCUCAGUGAUACAGGGUCUAUUAUGACUUUGAUGUUUCCAGAUUCUGUGAAAUUAGAGUAUGAUCUGACUUGUCCAAUCUGCUUGGAUAUGGUGUUCAAUCCAUACGCUUUAGGCUGUGGGCAUCUUUUCUGCAAAUCUUGUGCUUGCACUGCAGCUUCUGUGAUGAUGUUCCAAGGUAUUAAGGCUGCAAGUAACGAGUCAAAAUGUCCAGUUUGCAGAGAGGUUGGAACUUAUGCUAAUGCAGUGCAUAUGAUGGAAUUAGAUUUGCUUCUGAAGAAGAGAUUUAAGCAGUAUUGGAAGGAAAGACAUGCUUCUGAACGAGCUGAAAUGGUGAAGCAAUCAAAGCUCUACUGGGAUAACCAAACGAGAUAUGUUAUCGGUUAUUAGAUACUGUCUGAUAUCAGCUUUUGGCCGAUUCAGCUAUCUUGAGGUAACGACAGCAUAUGAGCGCGAUGGAGCUAUACGGAGGAUCUAUUUCCUCUGAGCUCCAAUUUAUUGAUUUGGAGAUAAUCACCAUCUGGUGUUUUGGUUUAUUUGAAUAACUGUUUCUUGACAUUGAAAGGUUUCUUGAUUCCUAGAUUAUUGGAGUCCGCCAAAGUUGCUCAAAGUCACCAUUGUAACUUAGUUUUUCUUUUGCAAUUUUAUUUGCAAAUUUUCUUGACUCAUUUUGUCAGAUUUCAAGGUGACAAUUUUGACUUGGACUUACAGAUAUCUUAAAUCAGUGCCUUAAUAAAAUCCAUUUUGCUGUU